CACUCCCAAGAUUCCACCUUGCAACCGCCGUUCUUGCCCCCGAUCUCCUUAAAUACCUACCUUGCCCCCGACUUGAUCCAUCCCUUUCUCAAGUUACGCCGUCUCUGGUUCUUGCUUCGCCGGGAGAGGGAGCGGUCCAUGGCCGGCGCGGAGCGCGAGCAGGAGUCCACGCUGGAGCAGGGGCUCCUCGCUUCCGAUGAGCCGUUUCAGGAGCCCAACCAACUAGUAACAUACACCGGAGAUGGAUCUGUUGACUUUUCUGGAAAUCCUGUUGCGAAGGAACGAACUGGUAGAUGGAAGGCAUGCCCUUUCAUAUUAGGUAAUGAAUGCUGUGAACGGUUGGCCUAUUAUGGCAUCGCUACAAACCUUGUUACUUACUUGACAAAAAAGCUUCAUGAUGGAAAUGCCUCCGCUGCUAGCAAUGUGACUACAUGGCAGGGAACUUGCUAUCUGACUCCCCUUAUUGGAGCUAUCCUGGCUGAUGCAUACUGGGGGAGGUAUUGGACAAUUGCAACAUUCUCCACAAUAUACUUCAUUGGGAUGGCAGUACUGACUCUUUCAGCAUCAGUUCCUAUGCUCAUGCCUCCAGCCUGUGAAGGGUCCUUUUGCCCACCAGCAAGCCCUCUUCAGUAUACUGUCUUUUUUCUUGGUCUUUAUCUAAUUGCCUUGGGUACUGGUGGAAUUAAGCCAUGUGUCUCAUCCUUUGGAGCGGAUCAAUUUGAUGAUACAGAUCCAACUGAGCAAAUCCAGAAGGGUUCUUACUUUAAUUGGUUCUAUUUUUCAAUAAACAUUGGUGCUCUUAUAUCAAGCAGCUUUCUGGUGUGGGUGCAAGACAACCUAGGAUGGGGACUAGGCUUUGGUAUCCCGACAGUAUUCAUGGGGUUGGCAAUCAUAAGCUUCUUCUCUGGCACAUCACUUUAUAGGUUCCAAAAGCCAGGAGGUAGUCCUAUUACACGAGUAUGCCAGGUAGUUGUUGCCUCUUUACGCAAGUGGAAUGUACAUGUCCCAGAGGAUAGCUCCCUCUUGUAUGAGCUACCAGAUGGGGUUUCUGCAAUUGAAGGGAGUCGGCAAUUGGAGCACACCGAUGAACUUAGAUGUUUGGAGAAGGCUGCUACAGUUACGGAUCUUGAUGUGAAAACGGAUAGCUACACCAACCCAUGGCGGUUAUGCACUGUUACCCAGGUGGAAGAACUGAAGAUACUGGUAAGGAUGUUCCCUGUAUGGGCAACAACGAUAGUGUUUUCUGCUGUAUAUGCUCAGAUGUCCACAAUGUUUGUGGAACAAGGGAUGGUGCUUGAUCCAUCCUUGGGUUCAUUCAAGGUUCCUCCAGCAUCUCUAUCUACUUUUGACACACUAAGCGUCCUUAUAUGUGUCCCGAUCUACGAUUACAUACUGGUUCCAAUAGCUAGGAGAUUCACUGGCAACGAGAGGGGCUUUACACAGUUGCAGAGGAUGGGCAUUGGCUUGGUUAUUUCCAUCAUAACAAUGUCAGUAGCUGCAGUCCUUGAGAUCAAGCGGCUGGCAAUUGCCAGGGAUGAAGGUUUGGUGGAUCAGAAUGUCCCAGUUCCACUGAGCAUAUUCUGGCAAAUUCCUCAGUAUUUCUUGGUUGGUUUAUCAGAGGUAUUCAUAUUCAUCGGGGCACUCGAGUUCUUCUAUGAUGAAUCACCGGAUGCCAUGAGAAGCCUGUGCAGCGCUUUGCAACUCCUCACAACAGCAUUGGGGAAUUAUCUCAGCACAUUUAUUUUGACAGUGGUCGCAUACUUCACAACAAGAGGAGGUAAUCCUGGAUGGAUCCCUGAUAACUUGAAUGAAGGGCAUCUCGAUUACUUCUUCUGGCUUCUUGCUGGUCUCAGUUUUCUAAACCUGGUCAUAUAUAUCAUCUGCGCCAACAAAUAUAAAAGCAAGAAAGCAGCUUGAGCUCUGAGGGUCAGGAGUUAGAUGGCGUCAUCAUGGAUAGCUCACAUCAAAAUAAAAAUAUGUAUAUAUGUUUCCCACUACAUGAACUCUUGUAGAAGCGCCAUCUGGUCGUAUUUUAUGCAAAGUUGACUAAGCAUUUGUACUUUCUCUCUCUGUAUAAAUUCUUGCUUAUUAAACAAAAGUUGUGGAAUGAAGAACACUGAUCUUUGCUAUCUA